UCCGAUCACAACGCAGGUGAAAAAUAUCUCGGGAGUGAUUAAUCAAUCAUUUAAAUUGUGAAUUUAAAUCAAAAUGUCAGCUAACAACAACGAACGUGUCAUCUACAAGGGCACCAAGGAGCACGAACUUCAUUCCGAUGGCGGUGCAAUCCACGGAUAUUCUAAUGAAACAACUGUCUUGCCAACAACUUGGGACGGAACUUUCCAAAAAGCGCCCGAACAACCCUUGCCCGAGCUGAAACCCGGUGAACGUUGGGUCAAAAAAGGCACAAAAGAUCACGAAUUACUCUCAAACUCGUCCAACUUUUACGGACAUUGCAGCGAACCAACGAAACUUCCCGUUCAAUGGGACGGCACGUUUGCACCGAGUGGCGAAACUUACACGAAACCCUCUCGCAACGCUUCGCAAGCGGAUAAUUUCCACGAACGCAAGAGCCAUACGACAGUUUUGCCAACGCAAUGGGACGGAACCUUCGCGAAGGGUGACGAAGUUUACAACAAACCAUUGAGAAAUCAAUCCAAUCCGAACAAAUACUUCUGA